AUGCAUGGCCAGGACCAGUACAAGAAUACGCACCACGAGGUCGUGACGGUCGCGGGCUUCGAGUACGGCGGCGGCGUGGUGGUAGAGCCGCCCCUCGAGUAUAGCUACGAAGCGGGAGAUCGUGUCGAGUUCGUGGAGUCGACCACGACCAAGCGGACAACCACGACGUACACGACAACCACGAAGACGACCACGACAUUCACGACCACAACUGCCAAGGAUACGAGCCGCUUCUCGGUGGUCAUCGACAAGGGGGACGCGGAGGGCGAGAAUCCCCUCGGCGCGGACCUGGGCAAGGGGGACGGCGUUGUGUUGAUCAACGAGUUGGCGGACGGCGGCUUCCUCCAGAAGUGGAACGACGACAACCCCAAGCAGGCGCUGCAACCUGGGGACAAGAUAGUCGAGGCGAAUGGCAUCAGCAAAGAUGCGGACCAGAUAAUGGAGGAGCUUCUGCAGAGUAAGGUGCUCAAGCUGGUCGUCAAGCGCGACCCCCCUAAGGACGCGCGCCGCAGACUGCUGGAGCUGGCCAGCUCGCUCUUCGUCUGACCGCGGGCUCGCCGCGGCUUCAUAUAUCCUGCCGCUGCUUGUGCCAGUCGGCACAGAACGCCUUGCCCUCCAGGCGGCAUCUCCUGGCUGUGUUUUCUCUUUCUCUCUGUCCGUCUCUCUCCCGCUCCCUCUCCCUAUAGUUCCUUCUCUCUCUCCCUCACUGUCUGUCUCUGUUUUUGAUGUUUCGCUCUCGCUCUCCCUCUCUCGAUCUCUCAGCUGUAGUUCGAUUGGCCCUUUUGUUAGCAAGGUCUUUCAAAAUCCGGUAGACACCUGUGCUUUUUUCGCCCAUCUCAAAGCGAUGGCGUGUAGGUAGUGCAUUCCAGCAGUCGGCAUACUUUUCGCGCUGCUCCUUCUGCGCGAAACAGGCCGCCAAACCUACUGGACUCCAUUGCGCCUUGCCCCUCAGUAGGCACUCCUCGACUGGAAGUGCCCAAAGAGGUGCUGGUCACGGUCAGAUAGCUUCAACAUAAACAUUGUUAACAUGAUCCUCAGUGCAGGGGCCACCGUUGCCCGAUCAUUCAGCGCCCCUCCGUGCCCAUGGCUCGUUCGCUUGCAUGCCGUAUGAGCGCGCCCGUGCAUGUGAGGCACCUUACACGAGAUGGGUGAUUUUCAUCAUGGAGUCUUCGAGGGGUUGCCGAUCAUGAGGCAGCCGGUGGGGCCGAGCCACGAACUUGUAGGUCGAGACGACUGGAGCCAUGCGCGGUCACGAAGGGGCGCGAGGCGCACA